AAACGAAACGAGAAGUGAAAUCUGAAGUUUCAAGAAAGCGUAUACCCAAAACAAAAAAACAAACACACACAAAAAAAGAAAGAAAUCUGAAAAGGAAAUAUGAGUGAAAAUGAAGAAGACACGACGAUGUGUAGAAAUUGUCGAAGACAGAUUAGUUCAUCAAAUUUUGUACUGCAUGAAAUGCACUGCAAAAGGAACAUUUCCCUGUGUAAGCAUUGCAAUGAGCCAAUCCCAAAAGCAGAAAUGGACAUUCACUUUGAAGAGAACCAUGCCAAAAUACCAUGUCCCAAGUGUAAAACAGAAGUAGAGAAGCAGCACCUAGAAAUUCAUGAGGAACAAGAAUGCCUCAAAAGACCAGUCCAGUGUGUGUACUGCGAAAUGGACGUGGCAAAGGGAGAGUUGGAGGAACACCAGGGAUACUGUGGAACUCGGACAGAAAACUGUGUUCGCUGUGGGCAAUUUAUAAUGGUGAAAGACAUGGCUCAGCAUGAAGAGAACAGGUGCAACCUUAGAGAAAUCCAACCCAAGUACAAUAACAACCCACCUCCCAACAUUCCAUUGCCUGGUGGUAAGGAAAAUUCAGCUGCAGCCAGGAGGAAACCAGCUCCAAGAGCAGUGGAUACUUCCGACGAUUUUCUGUUUGGAUCAGGUGAAGUUAACUCCUUUCAGAUGGAUGAAAUCCAGAGGCUAUUGAGAGCAGAUGGGUUGAGAGCAUCACAUCAGACAGGAAUGAUGCAGUCCUCUCGGACGUCUGCUCAGGGAAGCACCCAGAUGACUACUAGUAAGAGUAAGAAAAGGGAGGUCAACCUAGGAAGGAGGAACGGAAAUGUCAACCAUGACGAAAACCAGAAUCAAGAUCAAACAUUUUUGCCCUGUGAAUUUUGUGGAGAAGCAUUUCCUUUCGAUAUGCUAGUUUUACAUCAGAGUUCAUGUACAGAGGACCAGUUGAGCUCACUAAUGGCAGGCACUGAUCUCACAGAGGCCGAGGACAACAGAAUGAUGUACCCGUCUCCCCCUGUCCAAAGACAGGUCCCUAACGUCAUCGAUAAUCUACAUGGAUAUGACAGUUAUGAUGAUUCUGAUCCUACAAGGUUUAUUGAUGAGGCUGGCCCGGUGGAACCUUUGGAUGACAUGAUGCUUCCGUGUGAAUUCUGUGAUGAACUUUUCCCACAGGAUGUACUUGUUCAACAUCAGGCAGUCUGUGAUUCUGAUACAUUAAAAACUCCAAGAGUGAUGUCCCCUGUCACAAGAAACCUAGGUGGCACUGCUAGAAAAGUGCCAAACACAACUCACAACAAACCACAACACACUCCAAAUAUCAAGGAAAUUAUAUAUGGAAAAGACCGACACACAACCCCAACUGGGCCUCUUUCAAGGGAACUGGACCACACAUUACAGAAGUAUGGUAGUCCCCCCUUACGUAUGUAUGGUAAUAGGGAUCAGCAUCAAACUAGUGAGACUGAAAAUAUCUCACCACCGUCCCCCAGACAACCAGUAUCUAGGGCCUCAGUGAGCAGUGCUGCGCGCACCAGAAAGACAUUGAAUAACUUGCUCAGUGACAACCAUGCUCCUCUCCCUUCCUCCAGGUCUACUGGUUCCCGCAGAACAAGUGAUCCACGAGAAACUGCUGGAUCCUUUGUAGGGGUUUCAAGCUCAAGAAAGAACAAUGCAACUGUGAAUAAUCUCACAAGAAAGACAGCACAACCGUCUUUUAGCUCUAGUCGAGUACCUGGUGCCAGUUCUAAAAGAAGCGAUGCAAAGAAGACAAACAUGGGAGCCAGUCGGCGAGACCAUUUUGAUCCAGAACUGGAAGUUGGUAACAUACGCCCACUAAGGUCACAAAGGAGCUCCGAUAGUCAAUAUUCAUCCCCUACUUCUGGUCAAUAUUUAAGGCAGAGAGACAGAACAUUUGACUAUGAUGGUGACAGAACAAGUAAAACUAGAAAUCCAACAAAAAGAAGAGACCAGUAUUAAACAAGACAAACAAGUUUUGUGUAGAUUUAGACCAAAUGUUAAUUGUGAAGAAAUAUAAUUUCAAAAGCCAUCCAUGCUCAAAUAUUACACAUGUACCUGCAAAUUAGUUCUCUUAAUCUCUUCCAGAGAGUGAAAGAGAGAGAAUGCAAGAAAGAGAGUGUGGAAAAUUUCAUUUUCAUAGUAAAUCAUUGGUGCCUUGUGAACUGAGGUAUUGCAGGUUUCAUGGUUAAAUUGGGGCAUUGAUUUUUACCAUCUAACUUUAGUGAUAAGCUCUAUGUCAAUUUAAUUUAAAAUUUAUACAGGGAAAAGUGGGUCACAUGAUUCUCAUCUGAUAUUCGCAUAAAGUUCAUGCAAAUUUUUGGUAUAAAAAGAUGAAAAGUAAGACAUAUGCUCUUUGUAUGGUUUCAUACAAUUGAAAAUUAUUUUUUAGAAAAGUCAUUUAAACAUGAUCUGUCUGGUAAUGGAAAUAUCAAUUAUAGAUUGGUUUCAAGACAUUAAGUAUGAUUUCAAGCAGGAUUAGGGUAGUAAAUGACAUCAACAGAAACUAAUAUUAAAUGAUGUUAUUUAUUAGUUUAAUGGGUUUAAGAUAUGGGUAAUGGGGGAAUAUUUCUCAUGAAAAAUGAAAGUGGAGAAGAGACUGAAAUCACAAAAAUGACUAAGGAGCAACGAGGCUGGAAGCUGUAUAUGCUCCAUAUACUCUGUCCUAAAAAUUCACCCCUAUUUUAUUUUUUCAUUCUGCCCUCAUCCUCUUUGGGGUGUUUAAAACUAGGCUAGAUUAACAAAAUCUGUAGAAUUCUAAAGAAACAAGAUAUCCUGAGUGAUAUUUUUAAAGGGGCAAAAUGAUCUAUAACAAAUAGUACAUGGGGCGAAUAUUUCCUAGUUUACAGUACCCCUUUCCCCAUCCUUAUUAAAAUUCUUAGCAGAGAUUCCAGUGACCUUUGAACUGAUAAUGAACAGAAAUCAUCCAUAAUUCAUGACUUACAUAUGAAUUAAGUUUGAACACUGUCGCGCAUAAAAUUUCCUAGUAUGAUGUAAAAAAGGAUGAUCUUGACAUAUUGACAAGAAAAAUAAAGGGUGCAGCUGCCACGCCCAUGAAAUUUGAUGAGAAGGAGGGAGGGAGGACAUUUUCAUUGUAACCUAUUUGUGGAUAUUAUUCUAACACUGUCUACAUUUACCCUCUGCUGAACAUGUGGUGUUAAGAAUUGAUGAAAAUUUCAGUAUAUUUGUACUAGCUGUGACCUUGACUGUAGGUGCAUUGACCCUAAAAUUUCUUAAAUAUACAUGAAAGUAACUUGCCAUAUAUAUAUCCGAUUUGAAUAUUUUUAAUGUUUUUCACUAUGGAAUUGGACACGUCUGAAAACUUCCUCUCCUACUGUUCAUCUGACUAUAAGACAAGCUGGACUUGUUGCAACUUGUCUAAUAAUAGAACAAGACUUACCUGUAAGGUGAUGCUUGACCUGAAUUUUUCUGACUAACAUUGGGUAUACAGAGGGACCAAGGAGGUUAUAAGCUCACCGCGCAUAUCAUGCUGGAGUUGGGUUGAGUAAAAUUGGAGGGUAUUUCUUGAAGAAUUAAAGCGGGAUUUUUGUUCUGUAUAUAGGGAAAUUUUUGUGUCCAGUUUUGGUGAAAUAAAAACUUAGUGAAUUAGAAUUUACCUUUACUUUAAAGCAACACAUAACAUGGUUUUCCAGGGGGGGGGGGGGGUGAACUUGGUUUUUCAUUGUGCUUGGAUGAAAUUUUGCCAGUAUUUGUACAGUAUAUCACCAGUCAAAUGUUUACAAAUUCAGGUGAGAUAGCAUUUAUAUAUUGUAUGUUGCAAAGACAGGGUUUUUUUUAUUGGAUGCUACAAAAAAUGUAAAAUAAUUGUAGACAAUACAUGUAUUUUUAAUCUGGCAGGUACACUGCACUCCAACAAAUGUACAUUUUCAAAACGAGGCUGAGCCUCAUUGAAGUUAAGGUUUUCACUAAUCAUCUGUUUGCCAUUACGACAUCUCACUAUUUAUGUGUUAACUUUUGUGAUAUCAUGUGUCCGACUUGUGUAUAUGCAGAGUGAUUUCUUGAGAAAAAUGUCAUUUUCAUUACAUUAUUGAAAUGGUUGAACACCAAAUGAUCAUUUGUACCAAUCUACAAAACUGCUGUUAGAUCUCUCUGCUUCAUCAUUAGUAGAUCUAGAUGUACCAAAACACCCUACAACCUAUUGUUAAUGACCAUUUUAAUAUGUAUUAAAUAACAUUGAAAAAGACAGUUCCUUAAAGUACCCUAAAUGUAGAACACUGAUUUUAAAUACACCAGUCUUGACAAUGUACAAAAAAUAAUUUUACAAAAGAAGAGCAAAAUAUUGCAUGUGAUUAAAUUAAAUGAUUUUGAUCAUUUGCGAAAUUAGUAGAAAUCAUUGCCAUCAAAUAAAUUUAGAAGUUCCCAUUAGUCAGAGUUGAAGUGUAUCUGUGUUACAAUUCACUAAUACUCGACAGAAAUUGACAUGGUAUCUUCAAUUACAAAGAAAAUACAAUUGUACAAUUUUUGCUGUUUUGCCAAAAAGUGUUGCAAGAAUUUUUAAACUUUUGUGACAGUUUAUCCAGUAAAAAAAAUCUGAAAAUGGUAAUUUUCAGUCAUUUAAAUUGCAUUGAUUUGCAAAAUUCCCAAGGAGACACAUACGGUAGUAAAAAUAUUAUUUUAAUAUGUUAUCACAUUAGGAGAAAUUAAUGUCUUAAAUUCAAUAAAAAAAAGUCUCGGAUAAUUAGGAAAAGCUGUGAACAGCAUAUCAAAUUGGUGUGCUGUGUCAUUUGUUCUUCCAGUUCACAUCUUUGUAUUGGUGAUUUUUUUCUUCAUCCCUGGAUGAAACUGUGUAGGAAGUCUCAUUUCCUUUUCUUUGGCAAAGUGAGAUGUACAGUUUUCAUAUAUGCUAUAUAUACAUGUUGAAAUUGACAGUGAUUUAUAUACCUCUGUUAAAAUUGAUAUGUCCUUUGCGUUUGAAUAAAAAUGGAAUUGUU